ACUACUAUACUCUUGGAGACAGGUGUGAACCUGAUUGGUUAAACAUUCUUAUAGAUAAGAGCUAUUGUAUGACUAAUUGAUAUUCUUGAAUAUUUGCUAUACACCUCAAAAAAAGUAUUGACCAUUUAGUCUUAGAACUUCGUCUAAGAAUCAUUUCGUGGUGAAGAAAUAUUUGUUGUAGAAAAUUGUGAGCCGUGCAGUGAACUGUCGAAGAAUACGAAUUAUAUGUUACAGGACGCUGUAGGGAUACUUGACGUCUAAUACCUCUGUAUUGAAAAGACUUUGAAUAAUACCUUAGAUCAUGACAACUUGCAGUCGCUCAAGGUGUUUUGAAAUUCGAAAUUCGUAUCGUAGAAUUAUUUUUGAAACUCCAGAGAAGAUCAAGAACAUCCAGGACAUAAGCACGUUGAAGGCUGGGACAAAUGCACCUACAAGAAGUGUCAGUGCUACAAAUAAAAGACGCAUCAAACGCAAACAGAGAGCUCUUGUAUGCCGUCCACGUAAGGAAGAGGCAUCGCAUAAAUCUGUUCGAAAUAAUGAGUUAGAUGGUUUUGAGGACUGCGUUCUGUGUUUAAACACCGAAUUUGACUGGCCACAUCUCUUGCCAUGUGGGCAUAUUUUUCAUAACGUGUGUGUAUCCAAUUGGUUAAAACACAAUGAUACUUGUCCUGUAUGUUUCCGAAAUUGGGAAAACCAGGUUCAUACCAAUCAAGUACCUAACUCUUAUUCUGAUGAUGACAUGCAUAGAAAUCCUAUACCUGAGAGUUUGGCUACGAGCGUACACACCGGAGUUAAUGAUGCUUCAGAAUCGGAUUACCAUAGGCCAGCAGACAAAGUUCAUAGUGCACUCAAAGGACGAGUUAAAAGGCCAAUUUACCGUAGAAGAAAAGUUAUAGCCCGGCAAUCGAUUGAACAACUGGCACUUAAGAAGGAAAUAUUGGAUAGUGUCUUUCUGAAGAACUGUGUUCCAGUAUGUGCUGUUUCUAAAGUGCUGUCACCUGAUGAACCACAGUCCAGUGAUCCUGAUAUCAUAAUUGAUGGUGAAUUCAUAUUAAUUGAUUGUACUGAUUCUAUUGCCAUUUUUGAGGGAGAUGCAAUACAAGACAAUGUAGACUUUGAGAAUCUCAGUGAAAGUGUUUAAACAUUAUUUUAGCUAAUAGUUCACCUAUGAUUUGAGUAUUAUCAACGGUAUUUUUUUCUG